AUGUUUCAAUAACGAUUUGAUUAUCUCAGAUUACCUUAGCAAAUAGCCAAUGAUAUUAUAAUAACUCGUAAAAAUGCUUUACUAUUCUUAUUAGCAACUAAUAUAAAGGAUGGGACUGGUUAAAAUGCUAUUAGAAAGAUCUUCAAAAUCUAAGAUUAUGAUUAAUUUGAAAGAAUGCAAAUUAAUUAAUUUGUGUAAACUCUUGAAAAGAAUUAAUUAUAUGAUCCAAAUGUACAUCCUGAUAGUUUAUUAUUAAGAUAUCUUUAUGCUAAUAAAUUUGAUAUCCAAUCUACUUUAGAUGUAUUUUAUAUAAUAUAAGUCUAGUAAUUGGCAUAAACAAAUAAAAUAUUAUUUUAACCUGGUUAUCUUGAUUUAAGUAAUGAAAUUGAAGCCUUAUAUGUAUUAUGAUAAAAUAACAAAUCUAGUAUAAAGGAGCUAUAUAUAUAGAAGGUAGAACUAGAAAUCAUAUUCCUUGUAUUGUAAUUUCAACAAAAUUGAUAGAUGAUUUAGCUUAAUUUGAAAGAGCAGCUGUCAUAUUGUGUGCAAUAAUUGAAGAUUAUAUGUUUUAUCCAGGUAAAGUGGAAAAUUGGAUUGUUGUAAUUUAAACAAAAGAUUAAAGUGCAUUUAAGAUGCCAUUAGAUAAGAUAACUUAGAUUAUUAAAGUAUUAUAGACAUGUUUUCCAAAUACAUGUGAAUGUAUAUAUAUAUUAAAUACAACAUUAUCAAUAAAUUUAUUAUGGUCUUAAAUAGAAGGUAAUAAUAUUAUUAUGAUAAAUUAGAAUAAAUUGAUCCAAUUACAUUAAAUAAGAUUAGAUUUUUAAAGGACAAAGAAUUAUCUAUUCUCUCUAAUUAAUUUGAUCCAUAACAUUUGGAAUAAUCUUUAGGUGGUUAAAAAAUAAUGUAAUCAUACUGGCCACCUGAUCCAAAUGAUUACAUUUAUGAUUUACCAUAAUAAUAAUAACAAUAACCAAUCUAUCAAGAAGAGGAACCUUAAGUAUUCUUCUCUUAACCAACCAACAAUUUAUAAUAUCUUAAUCAAGCUCCUCCUUUAGAAAAAGAAAUUUAACCACCACCUCCAUCUCCACCUCCUAUUAAUAAUUAAGUUUCACAGCCUAUUAUUAUAUAAUAACCUAUUAUUGUACAAUAACCUUAAUAACCAACUUAAAUAGAGAAGAAAAAAAAGUGUAUUUGUGUUAAGUGUUCUAGAGAUUUAGAAGAAGUAGCAUCUCAACCUCGUUAACCUAAAUUGUUAGAAUCUUAAAAUAUUGAAAAAAAAUAACCGUCAUAAUAAAAAAUAUAAAUACAAGAGACAAAAGAAUAAAAAGGAUUGGAUGAUACCUUUGUACCUUAUGAGAGAAAAUAUGAAAGUAUUCUUAAUGAUUCACUUUUGAUUAAUCCUUAAAAUAAUGAUGAAUAAAUAUUACAUGAAAAUAGUUAGAAUAAUAAACCAUAAUUUGGUGGAAAUUCAUUUAAUCUUAAUUAAUAAUAAUAAUAAUAAUAAUAAUAAUAAUAAUAAUAAUAAUAAUAAUAAUAAUAAAUUUAAACAAAUUAACAAUCAAAUAAACCAACAUUUUAUAAUCCUUUUUAUGGUACUGAUUCAAUUAAGGGAUCUUAAUAAUUAGAAAAUAAAUAUUUACCACAAAAUUCUAAUAAAGUAAGUUAGGAAAUAUAAGCUAAUAUGGAUGACCUCAUAAUUGAUGAUAAACCAGAUUAUGAACCUAAAUAUAUUAAUAAACAUAGUAGAUAAUAUUAAACUUCUCAAUCUAGUAGAUUUAGCAAUAAUAGUCCUAAUCUCUAUAACUUUAUUAAUUAACCAAGUUAUAAUCCUUUAAAUUAAUCUUUGUAUUCACAAGUACCGGCAACCUAAUAAUAUCCAUCAUAAUAAUAUAUACCAACUAUUCCAUUUUAACCAUAAAGUCAAUAGCAAAUUACAAAUCCUAUUAGAAAUGAUAAUGUUGUUUUAUAGUAACCUGUUCAUGUAUAGGAGUAUGAUAAUAACUUUAUUAAUAAUCAAUCAUAUUAUGCUCCUUAGGUUUCAAGUGAUCCAAAAAAGAAAUACGAUUUUAGUUAAUGGGAUAAAUAUAAUGAUAUUAAUGAUCCAUUUCCAGUCAAAUCAUAUAUAUCUCCCUCUAAUGAUUACAUGAAUCCUUAUUUAUCAUCAAGUCCUUACAAAAAUAAUGUUGUUAAUGUAGAAGAUUAUAAUCAUCUAUAUGAUAAUACAGGUGAUUAUAAACCUGGAGAAUUCCGACCCUCGACAUAUAAUUUCACUCCAUAUGAUUUCAAAUAUAGUGAUCAAUAAUACUAGCCUAGAGUUGAAAGUACUACUAAAUCAAAUGGGUAAUAGUAUUCUAAUUAUAAAUAGUACACCAUAACUAUAUCAAUAAAAGCCUGGAUAGCAAGCCUGUCAAAUCUUUUGA